AUGGAGAAAAAGGCCAACAAAUGCGAAUCGUCAUAUAUUGAUUUUCUCGAUUCAGAGCUCGUUUCUCUCCAAGCUGGUCAUGCAGGACGUUUAUUUAAAAUCCAUCGAAAGCUGCUCGGCUUGAAAUGCGAACCAGUGAUUGCUGCCUUGGAUGGGAGUUUCGAUGAGGGCCGACAGGGAAUAUACAGAUUUGACGAAACGACAGAAGGAACAGUUACACGCUUCAUUGAGUGGGCAUACAGGGGCGAUUAUCCUACUGUGAUCAGCGAAAUCGAGCCCGUCCAAAAGUCACUUCCGCACGGUAUUGAAGCAGAUGUCGAGGAUAAGCCUAUUAUUGCACCCCCAGCGGCGGAUUUUACUUCCGAGAACCAUCCACUAUUGGUCCACAUACGUCUGUAUAUCUUCUCAGGGACAUACCUUAUCCCUGAGCUUCAGCAUCUGGCUUUCGAAAAGGUGACUGCCUGUUUCAUGGAUCUGGAAAAACCAAAUCGUCUUGAUACGCAGCUUGCAGUUAUUGAUGCUGUGCGGCUGUCAUAUCUCAGACUCCAUGAGCAUGACGCUUUAUUAAACUGGCUGAGCCAAUACUCUGCAUAUUGUAUUGACAAGCUCCGGUUGCAAAGCUCCUUUCACGAUCUUCUCAGAGACUUUCCAAUUUUGAGCUCACGAAUGAUGCUUUCAUUGAAUCCGGCAUCAUCCCCACCUUGGAAAAUCACGCAGCCAAAAUAUCCGUUUACCCACUACUCUCCCAGUCGAUCGGCUGAAACUAAGUACGAUUACUGA